GGCUCCUCCAUCCCCCUCCGCCCCCGCUACCAUCUCCCACCCCAACAAGCCCUCCUCCCCUCGGCCCUCCUAUAAAUACCGCUCGCGAUUUGCCUCCUGCAGAGCAGAGCCGAGCAUACCCCAUCUAUUACCGUCUUCUCGGACCGUGCUUCCCUGCCGCCCUCGCUGCUGCUGCGAGCUCCGGUCGGCAAUCUUUUCCCGGUUCAAGAUGACCAUCAUCAUCGAGCAGCCUCAGUUCGAUGCGGCGGCGGAGAGGAAGGUCGCCGGCGACCCGGCGGAGCUCGUGCUCGACGGCGGCUUCACCGUACCGGACUCCAACGCCUUCGGCCACACCUUCAGGGACUACGACGCGGAGUCGGAGCGGAAGAAGACUGUGGAGGAGUUCUACCGCGUGAACCACAUCAACCAGACGUACGAGUUUGUGCAGCGGAUGCGGGACGCAUACGGGCGGCUGGACAAGACGGAGAUGAGCAUCUGGGAGUGCAUCGAGCUUCUCAACGAGUUCAUCGACGACAGCGACCCUGACCUGGACAUGCCGCAGAUCGAGCACCUCCUCCAGACCGCCGAGGCCAUCCGCAAGGACUACCCCGAUGAGGACUGGCUCCACCUCACUGGCCUCAUCCAUGAUCUGGGCAAGGUGCUGCUGCAUCCCAGCUUCGGGGAGCUUCCUCAGUGGGCAGUCGUAGGUGACACCUUCCCCGUCGGCUGCGCGUUCGACGAAUGCAACGUCCACUUCAAGUACUUCAAGGAGAACCCUGACUACCACAACCCGGAGUUCAACACCAAGUUCGGGGUCUACUCCGAGGGGUGCGGGCUGGACAACGUGCUCAUGUCAUGGGGCCAUGACGACUACAUGUGCCUGGUUGCCAAGGAGAACAAGACCACCCUUCCUUCCGCAGGGCUGUUCAUCAUCAGAUACCACUCCUUCUACCCCCUGCACAAGCAUGGAGCCUACAUGCACCUGAUGAACGAGGAGGACAAGGAGAACCUCAAAUGGCUGCACGUCUUCAACAAGUAUGACCUGUACAGCAAGAGCAGCGUCAGGAUCGACGUCGAGGAAGUGAAGCCCUACUACAUGUCGCUCAUCGACAAGUACUUCCCGGGGAAGCUGCGAUGGUGAGGAGGCCGCACCCAGACAGGGAACGGAGCCCAGACAACAUAUUAUAUAGUUUAUUUACCUUCGAAAGCAAAAAGAAAGAAAGAUUGUUCCAAGCUGUCGUACGUGUAUGGUGCGUGAUACUACUAUAUAUACGGAUCAUGACACAUCCAAGUUGAGUGAGCGUUGCCAGUAGGGCCAUCAGCCAUGCGUAUUGUGGCGUAUAGCUAAUAAAAUUUAUUUGCCGGUA